AUGGAAUUGGAAGUUUGGGGCGGAGAUUGGGGACUGCCAUCAAUUGACUUGGACUGUUUGCAAAUCUUGGUUUAUUGUAAAUUAUCUGGGGCACCCGUUCAAUUAAAAGUAAAAAAUAAUCCUCUUACUACUUCUUUGCCGACAUUCCGACACGGGCAAGUUGUUUUGUAUAAAUUGCAAGAUGUAGUGUCUUAUUUACAAAGUAAAAACUUUUAUGCCGAUCAUAUAUUAUCUUCAAGAAAUAUAUCGGAGAUUCAAGCUUAUAUAGAAUUACUCAAAGAAAAGUUGUACCCUGGUUUGCAGUUUGUUUGGUGGGUAGAUAACAAAAAUUGUGUUAAUUUAACAAAGUCAUGGUUUGCCAAAAAGCUUAUGUUUCCAUUAAAUUUUUAUUAUCCUGGUCAUUAUGAAGCGCAGGCUAAAAAUUUAAUAACAGCAUUAUAUGGAUCAUUAGAAGAAAAUUUAGCAGCAAUAGAAACACAAGUGUAUAGUGAUGCGGAAAAAUGUUUAACGCUAUUAUCUAACAGAUUAGGAGAAUCAAAAUAUUUUUUCGGAAAUCAGGCAACUUCAUUGGAUGCAAUCAUUUAUUCUUAUUUAGCUCCUUUGCUCAGGGCUCCAUUUCCAAAUCCAACUCUUCAAAAUCAUUUAAAAGCUUGUAAUAAUUUAGUUAGCUUUGUUAUAAGGAUAUCUCAAAAAUAUUUUCCUGCUAUAUCUGAAGAAUUUGAAAAAACUCAAAAGGAAAACAUUCAAAAACAACAAACAAAUGAAGAAUUUCCUAAUAAGAAACGAAAUCAAUUUAUAGCAGGUGUAAUUGCUGUCUUGGCUAUGGCGACAUAUGCUUUAUCGUUGGGUAUAGUUCAGACUUCCAAAUAUGUAGACACAAUCGAAGAUGAAGGCAUUGAUGAUGAUGACGAUUAA